AUGGACUCUCACGAUGGUGAUUCCGAAAAGGAUCUUGUCACCAUAUCCCACAUUGACGAUUGCUCCAUGCAGAGAGUUCAAAGUCAAAUACCAGACUCUCCCUCAAUAGGAGCUAUGCUCCGUCUGUCACUUUGGGUUUCCUUUGCAGCUUGGAUCGCCAACUUUGAUGAUGGCUACGCCGGGACAAUUCUCAUCAUGCCAUCAUAUCAAAAAGCUUUCGGUACCUGCAGCCAGCUUAUGAACUCGAAUACUGGCGUCAUUGUCGAGCACUGCUCCAUAACACCUCUCCAACAGUCACUCAUAAGCUUGAACUACCUCUUCAUCAGUGUUGGAGGUGGCAUAUCCGCACUCACAGGUCACUAUACUGGACGACGAGGCGCCAUACAAAUCGGUUGUUUGCUGUCUAUUAUUGGCGCGGCAGGUAUGCUGGGAACAGGACGCUCUACUGGAAGCUUUACCCACUACAUGGUAUGCAGAUGUAUAAGUGCGACCGGAGUCGGUCAGCUUGUUGCCGCCAGUGUGAUAUAUGGAUCAGAGUGCAUUGUUGCCAACAAGCGUGGUCUUGCCUUGGGGCUUUACAAUGUUGGAUUGGCAAUGGGCAACGUUGCAUCUUCUGCUGUUUGCGCAGCAUCUGCCCGGCUCGAACCGGGUAACAACUGGCAAUGGAAAACACCAAUUCUGUGCCAAAUUCCGCUUGCGAUCGUUCUUGGGGCGGGUAUUUUGAUGUUCCCCGAGUCACCACGCUGGAUUCUCAACAAUGACAGCAAACGAGAGGCAGAGGCACGGACAGCCUUUGGUAUGCUAUAUUGGUUGGACCCGUCUUCUGAUACUAUCACGAUCGAGAUCGAAAGCAUCAAAGCAUAUCUAGAAAUCGAGCGCGCUGGUGCCAAAUCUACCUCAUGGUUUCAGAUCUACCAAAGGGAGAAUAUUCGACGCACCAUCAUUUCGGCCUUUAUUAAUAUUGGGCUUUCAAUCACUGGUAUCCAGUUCGUGCAGCCGUAUGCGACUACUUUCUUGAAGGGCGUCGGAAUGAGCAAUCCAUAUCUUAUCAACGUGAUCAUUGGCAUCUGCAUUCUGGGAGGAUCUUUAUUUGGUCCGUUCGUGGUUGAAUAUGGUGGACGACGAUUUGCUCUUUUGAGCGGAUAUGGUGCCAUGUCAGUCUGCAUGCUCAUUCUUUCUGGUGUGAGCACAGCUCUGAGCCAAAAUGAGAUUUCAAAGGUGGCCGUAGUUAUUUUGCUCUGUUGUUGGGCAUUCGUGUUUGGCGGGACCAUUGCCCCAUGUGCCGGUUUGGCUUCAGUUGAGAUGCACAGUGUUUCGCUUCGCACAUACGGGCAGGCCAAUACGACUGUUUUCUACGGCAUAUUUUCUUUUGCGGCUUGUUUUUGGACGCCAUACAUGUUGGAUGCCAAUUACGGUAGCAUGGGACCCGACGUGGGAUAUUUCUACGCCGGUGUGACUGCUGUGGUUGGAGCCCUGGUCUUCUUGCUUGUGCCAGAGACUGCCCUUCUCACUUUGGAGCAGAUAAAUGAUAUCUUUACUUCUGAAAUUCGGCCUUGGAAAACCUCGUUAGCAAGGAACAAAGUCAUUGCUCAAACACAAGGCCAGAGAUCGGGAUUGGAAUGA